UUUCCGGUGCUGAGCGUGCAUCGGCAGAGCUGACUGUGACUGGUGAACUGAAGGAAAGGGGAGGAGAAGGGGAGGGAAGCUUUGGGCGGGAGAGGAAGCCUAGCAGCAACAGUAGGCAGUAGCAGGGUUGACCGGAGGGGCAGUGGAGUCUGGAGAGUAACCCAACAACCCCCUCCUCCCCUCCCCUUCUGUCUUAUUGCCACCUCUCCACGUCUCCACCAAACAAGGCAACAAGGGAGAAGUAGAUCUGCAUCUGCGAGAGGAGGCAGCGGGGGUGGUGAUGAUGGAGAGCCAGCCGCUGCAGGCCCCGACGGCCACGGCUCCGGCCCCCGGAUCUGCGGAGCCAGCCGGAGCUCCGCCGGCCGUCACCCCCGGCAAGGAGUUCACGCGCACCUGCAAGGGCCUCGUCGUCGUGCUCAUCGGAGGAUACGUGCUGCUCCAGCUCCUCCCUUCGUCACUCAACUACCUCGCCAUCAUCCCCUCCAAGACAAUCCCCUAUGUAUGGACCGUCUUUACCGCUGGUUACAUCGAGCAAGUCCUCCCAGGGGCCAUUGGCAGUUCUCUUGGUCUUCUCUUUUGUGGAAAGGACAUUGAACCAGCAUGGGGCCGCAAGGAAUUCUUGAAGUUCAUUAUUUUGAUCAACUCCAUCUGUGGCAUUCUUGCAUUUUGCUUUGCUAUUGGACUCUACUACGUCACUGGAAAGGAGAGCUUCCUUGUCACACCACUUUCUGGUUUCCACGGUUGCCUUGCUGGCUUUCUUGUGGCCCUGAAGCAACUCUUACCAAACCUUGAGCUUCCUAUGUGCUUUUUCUGGAAAAUAAAGGCAAAGUGGAUGCCAUUCUUUGUUGUAUGUUUCUCAAGUAUCAUGGCCUUCAUCGUGCCUGAUUCCAUUAACUUCCUGCCAACUUUGGUGUCCGGGAUGUACGUUAGCUGGCUUUACCUGAGAUACUUCCAAAGGAACCCACUGACUGGACUUAAGGGUGAUCCCAGUGAUGACUUUUCCUUCCCCAGUUUAUUCCCAGCUGCCAUGAGACCAGUUACGGACCCUGUGGCCAACCUGUUUGAUAGGCUGUUGUGUGCAAGGUCCAGGCCUUUGGAAGUCGCCCUCCCGAUAUCAGAUCCUACCAAGGCUUCAAGAAGAAGGGAGCGUGGCGAGAGGGUUCUUGAGGAAAGGUUGGCGGCUGACAAUGCUGGUGACACAGAGGCCUCGCCUCGUGGCCAUGGCACCGCGGAAGACUGAGAACUUUCUUGUGACCAUCAGCUCCUCUUAUAGGAGCCAUGGCUUUGCUCCCUCCAGCGUUUAUAGCUCUGCACUUUUGUCUUCUGGAGAUGGAGCUAUUCAGUUCACAGCGAACGAAUAAUACGAUGUUCUUAGUUUCUCUUUUUUUCCGCUUCUUUGUCUGCGAGGAUUUAUUGGUUAAAUUGUGUACUAGUCAAUUGUUAUGGUACAGCGAAAAAGAGAGAAGAGGGUGAUGGCAUUUGCAGCGAGGUGUUGAGAUUCCGUUGUAGCCAUGCAUUUGCAGCCGAUUGUUUGGUACUGGUCAAAGUUCUGUAGUAGUCAUAUACUCUGCUUAAAAUAUAGAAAGAAGAAUGGCUUCGUCAG